AUGGCGUGUAUCGACGAGCUGCAGGCUACCAAAGUCGAGGCGACCCAGGCUCUACCGUUAGUGUUGCGGUUUGGCGGCAGCCACUACUCGGCAUUGCUCCAUUCAGCGGGAGUGGCCGAUCCGUUAAACCUUACCGAUACCCAGGACGGGCCGAGGGAGAAAAGCGCUUCAGCACUGCUCUCAGACAACAAACGCCUUCCAGACAGCGGUGACCGGACGUCGAUCGUCAUUUACGACGCUGGAGACGCGGUCGCUCGAACCUCGGCACAACCCUCAUGUCAAUUGGCUCUAACUUCUACUUCGAGCAGCUGUAGCGAACGCGGGAUGGCCUCUGCGGCCCGGAAACGGGGCCACGGCGGCUCUCCCCCGCUCCUGGCGGCGUCUGCGGAUCCAGGUGCCGUCGUUCCGAUCGGCUCUCGCCACAAGAAAGGUCGGGUUCGUUCAGCCCUACGGAAUUCUUCACUAGACGCGCCGGACGACAGAAUCGAUCGGGACGAAUGGCCGGAGCUCUGGAGUUAUCUGGGAGCCGAAUGGCCGACAACAGCAGCAACACCGUAUCCUCUAGUAUACGGUGACUCCAACGGGUGUGAGACUACGGCUCGUUUGGAGCCGGAAUUGUUACUCCAUCACUUGCGCCGCUUCGUCUUUCCAGACGAACGAGUGACAGAGCUACCCACGGGUGUUUGGCUCGACCAAUGGAUUGCUCGAUCGCAGCAGCGCCUUUCGCCGUCUCUGCUGGCCCCGCUGAUUGACAAUUCUGACGAUUGGAGAAAGUUGCGAGGGAUUAACUAUGCGGGGGACGACAUUUUACGAUUGUGUGACCCGCACAGACGCGUCCGAAUGAGUCACCACCUCAUGUGUGCCAUCGUGUUCGACAACGAGAUUUUUGCGCUGACGGGACUGGCGGAAAGCCAGUACGCCCUCCCGAGCAACUCCGUUGCCACUUUAGCUUACUUCAGACCAAUAGUACCUACAAGGAUACGUACUACCCAGACGGGGAUGCUCCGAUCGACUGGACUGCGCUCGUUCGCUAUUUUACUACUGCUUUGGCCCCGGCAGAGCAGAGGUUCCUCCUCGAGUACUAAGGGCAGCUUACAGCAGCAUUCCUUCUUCAGCCCCGAAGUUCCUUUCUUUGAGAAGGCGGACGCCUACAGCCGGCAUCGCAAACUUCAAAACUGGUCUCCGUCCUGGACUUCAGCAGUUAAUUCACCGGAUUCUCGGGGUGGGGACAGGCUCCUUAUUUCCCAAAACGUGAGGGGCUUCAAGGCUAGCGCUCGGGAAGGGUGGAUGUCGGCGUGGCGUGGUGCGCCUCAGAUCCGUCGCCCCCAGGCUUUGUGUAUUCAGGAGACGCAUGUACGUACUGACGAAGAGGCAGGUAGGCUGAGUUCCAGGUGGGCUCAGUUAUGGGAUCAACACCUUGAUCCUGACGCCCCUCCUCUAUCGUUCUGGAGUAUUGGCUCUUCCAGCAUAGCUGCUGUUGCCAUUCUUCUUACCCCUCAUUCUGCUCGUACAGCUUCGGCAUGGGAACCGGAACGCUGGUCACCCCGGGCGAUCGCAAUUUCCAUUGGGGAGGAUGUUCUGAUCAAUGUGUACGCACCUACACUGCGAGUUGAACGGGAGGACUUCUUUACUUCCCUUCUCAGCUGGAAUUAUAUGGCCUCCAACACUAUUAUUGCGGGCGACUUUAACUGCGUCCAGUGCCCUCUCCUCGAUCGGUACGGCAGUCACCGAUCGCACCGAUCGGAAAGCCCUGCCCUGGACGCGGCAGUUGCGACACUGAGCUUGGCGGAUGCGAGAGAUCUUCGGGAUCAUGCGGAUGACUAG